UCAGCUUCCUACCGUUUUCUGUUCCAUCCAGUAGCACUCGAUGAGUCCCCAUGUGAUCAUCCUUCUCUUAUUCUUAAUCUCAAGUUGUCCGCCUGUAUAAUUUCAUCCACUUGUUGUGCUUUCUACUCUUCUAUAUUGCUGGCAAUCCUUACGCAGUCGACCCGAGGACACUCUCACCCAUUCCGGUACAAUAAGUUAUUCUUGUCCAGGUGUGACGACCGAGUGUGUAUUAGUUGACAUUUAGUGUGCACCACGUAGGGAGAAAGUCCAGAGAGAUUAUGAGCUCCAAGUUAAUCUCAAGUGAACCCAAGCUGAAACUGGACUGCUGUGUGACUGAUGUAGAAACGGUUUGAUUUGCUAGUGCUUGUUCUCAAAAUGGAGACAUUUGUUCUGAUCCCUGAGCAGCUUUCCCUGCAACUGGAGAGUGAAAGUUUGACGGUGGUGGCCCACUGUCCCAUCGUGCGCGGCUUCCGCUUCUCCCCUUUCCAGGGCACCCUCCGCACGGAUGAGAAGCUGAGCCUGGUGGUGGAGCGGGGGCAAGGGGAGAGGUUUUGCUACUGGAAUGGUUUCCGAGCCGCCAGUUGGGUCCGCUUUCUCCGCACCGCGUCGGAAAUGAGUGCGGCCGUGAACCUCGUGGAGGUGAUCACCCCCAGCGGUCAGAUCAUGUACGAGGUGAGGAGACCUGUGGACUCGUGGGAGGAACUCGUCCUUUACUCCCCCGACUCACCUCUGAACCUUGCCAAAGCCAUCAAAGAAGCCAUAUUUGAGCAGACCAUUAAAGGCGUAAUUCUCGAAGUGCCCCUUGAUCUCUCCACCUCUGUGUUUCAAAAGCUGCCAAACAGUUCUGACGACGGGGAAUCUGACGAAUGCUCAAUCUCACCUCCUGUAAUCUCAACUAUUGCCAAAACAAAACGAUCCCGAUCCAUGCUUCCAUGCAGCGUUUGUGCCAAAGCCUUUGACCGUCCAUCCCUUCUUAAGCGCCACAUGCGGACUCACACGGGCGAGAAGCCACACGAAUGCCUCGUCUGUGGGAAAGGAUUUUCUACGAGUUCAUCCCUAAACACACACAGAAGGAUUCAUUCCGGAGAAAAGCCUCAUGAGUGUCCCAUAUGCCAGAAACGGUUUACAGCGUCCAGCAAUCUAUAUUAUCACAGAAUGACUCAUGUGAAGGAAAAACCUCACAAAUGCAAGACGUGUAAUAAAAGUUUUCCUACCCCUGGGGACUUGAAGAGCCACGGGUACGUCCACUCUGGAACAUGGCCAUAUCGAUGCACCGUUUGCCGACGUGGCUUCUCAAAACAGACGAACCUUAAGAAUCAUUUAUUCUUGCACACAGGAAACAAACCGCACGCUUGUCAUUUCGAGCAAUGCAAUAAGCGAUUUGCCCUGGCAUGCAACCUCCGAGCACAUUUGAAAACGCACCAGGACGACGACCCGGACAACACGUCCCUUCUCAUGGAGUCGCAGACUGAAGAAGACGAAUCCGAACAAGCUCUCGUAGAACUCAUAAACUGACACGGGCUGACUUUUAAUGAUUAUUGUCGCCUCUCGAACUGCUACUAUUAUUAUUUUUAUUAUUAAUUCCAAAUUAUAGUUAUGCACCCCUCACACAAUGCACAACCAUGCACGCUCAAGUAAAUAUAUAAUGUAUGUGCUCAACAGUUUGUUAUUAUCUCGAUGUCGCAGGAAUGUAUUUAUGACAUUUGUUGUUUUAUGUCUGCCAAUGUUAUUUAAAUUUAACCUUUAUGAACUGCUAUUUGAUAUUACAUAUUAUUUAGUACGCAAUUUUGCAAAAUACUCAAAUUAUUAUCAUAACUGCAUAAAAAUGUUGGUUCCUCAUUUAUAGUAGGAACAGAAAGGCCUGUGUUCAUAUUCUCAGUUUGAUAAAUACGGUGGUGGAUGGAGGAGAAAGUGAAAGUCCAAAUGAUUUUGCCAAAUAUUCUGUACACGAGCUUAAGGGGUCUUGUAUUGUAGCUUUCAACUGGCUAAAUUGUAACGCUAACAAUAAUAUACAUAAAGUAUCAACUGUAAACCGUACACGUAUGCUUAAAAUUUGAUAAGUGAGAAACCGAAAAUGACUUUUUUGUCACACCUUUUUGUAAAAUACAAAUAAAAAAUAAUUAAUUGCAAA